AUGAUGCUCCGAAGCCGCCACGCCGCCCGCGCCCUCAAGGCCAUCUCGCGGCCCAGCGCUCCCCGCGCCCUCACCACCUCAUCCGCCGUUUCUGCUAUCCAGGCCGCGAAGAAGGUCCCUUCCGGCGUGAGGAAUCAGGCCACCUCUGCCACCUCGCCCGCUCCUGAGGUUCGAAACACGCCCGCACACGCCUUCAAUGCCGACAAGGACCGCAGCCAUGUCCAGCCUCUUGUCGGCGCUCGUGGCCCCGAGAUGGACGAGUCGUACGUAGCCGUCGCUGGCAUACCUAACGCCAUUGCCGAGGUGUUCAUUGGCAAGACUGGAGGAGAGAUCUUCCACGAGAUGAUGUUGAGACACAACGUCAAGCACAUCUUUGGAUACCCCGGAGGAGCCAUUCUCCCCGUCUUCGACGCCAUCUACAACUCAAAACACUUUGACUUCAUCCUCCCCAAGCACGAGCAGGGUGCCGGCCACAUGGCCGAGGGUUAUGCCCGUGCCUCGGGCAAGUGCGGAGUCGUCCUCGUCACCUCCGGCCCCGGCGCGACCAACGUCAUCACCCCGAUGCAGGACGCCCUCUCCGACGGUACCCCCAUGGUUGUCUUCUGCGGUCAGGUCGUCACCACUGCUAUCGGCAGCGACGCCUUCCAGGAGGCCGACGUCACCGGUAUCUCCCGUGCUUGCACCAAGUGGAACGUCAUGGUUAAGAACAUCGCCGAGCUCCCCCGCCGCAUCAACGAGGCUUUCGAGAUCGCCACCAGCGGCCGCCCCGGCCCCGUCCUCGUCGACCUUCCCAAGGACGUCACUGCCGGUGUCCUGAGACGAGCCAUCCCCACCGAGACCUCCCUCCCAUCCCUCCCGAGCGCCGCCUCGAGAGCCGCCAUGGCUCUGCUCCAGAAGCAGCUCGAGCAGUCCAUCAAGCGCGUUGCUGACCUUGUCAACAUUGCCAAGAAGCCUAUCAUCUAUGCCGGCCAGGGUAUCUCCCAGUCCGAGGGCGGCCCUGAGAUCCUCAAGGAGCUUGCCGAGAAGAUGUCCAUCCCCGUCACCACCACCCUGCACGGCCUGGGUUCCUUCGACGAGCUCGACGAGAAGUCUCUCCACAUGCUCGGCAUGCACGGCUCCGCCUACGCCAACAUGUCUAUUCAGCAGGCUGAUCUCAUCAUCGCCCUCGGUGCCCGCUUCGACGAUCGUGUCACCCUCAACGUCGCCAAGUUUGCCCCUGGUGCCAAGGCGGCCGCGGCCGAGGGCCGUGGUGGUAUCGUUCACUUCGAGAUCAUGCCCAAGAACAUCAACAAGGUUGUCCAGGCCACCGAGGCCGUCGAGGGUGACGUCGCCACCAACCUCCGCACCCUCAUGCCCUACCUGAAGCCCAAGUCGAUGGAAGACCGCAAGGAGUGGUUCGAUAAGAUUAGGGAGUGGAAGGCUAAGUGGCCCAUGUCCGACUACGAGAAGGCUGAGCGCUCCGGCAUGAUCAAGCCCCAGACCCUUGUUGAGGAGCUCAGCAACCUGACCGCCGACCGCAAGGAGACGACCAUCAUCUCCACCGGUGUCGGUCAGCAUCAGAUGUGGACUGCCCAGCACUUCCGCUGGAGACACCCCAGAACCAUGAUCACCUCCGGUGGCCUGGGAACCAUGGGAUACGGUCUGCCCGCCGCCAUCGGCGCUAAGGUUGCCAAGCCCGACGCUCUCGUCAUCGACAUUGACGGCGAUGCCUCCUUCAACAUGACCCUCACUGAGCUUUCCACCGCCGCGCAGUUCAACAUUGGUGUCAAGGUCAUUGUCCUGAACAACGAGGAGCAGGGCAUGGUCACGCAAUGGCAGAACCUCUUCUACGAGGACCGCUACGCUCACACCCAUCAGCAGAACCCUGACUUCAUGAAGCUGGCCGAUGCCAUGGGUGUUCAGCACCGUAGAGUGAUCAAGCCCGAUGAGGUUGUUGACGCCCUCAAGUGGCUCAUCAACACCGACGGCCCUGCUCUUCUCGAGGUCGUCACCGACAAGAAGGUGCCCGUCUUGCCCAUGGUGCCGUCUGGAUCAGCCCUCCACGAGUUCUUGACAUGGGAUGGAGCAAAGGAUAAGAAGCGCCGCGAGUUGAUGCGCGAGAGAACGUGUGGUCUCCAUGGCUAA